CAAAAGUUUAGUACUGUCAUCUGUUGGCUUCACUUGCGUGGCAUUCGUUACUGGAGCCUUGGCAUUUCUGGCACCAAGUUUUAUGGUCUAUGCAUCUCAGAUACAAGGUCAUGAGCAGAAGGAAUCUUUAGUGAGCUUGACUUUUGGAGUGAUUACUGUAGCCGCUGGCUUUAUAGGUGUGGCUUUGGGGGCUGAGUCUGCCAGGCGAUAUAAACGUAUCAACCCUCGAGCUGACCCAUUGAUCUGUGCCAUCGGCAUGAUCACAUGUGCACCAUUCUUAUUUUUCGCCCUGGUUGCUUCUAGACAUAACACAGUGGCCACUUGGGUACUGAUAUUUUUUGGUGAAGUUCUUCUCUGUUUAAACUGGGCAAUCACUGCUGAUAUUUUAUUGUAUGUGGUCAUUCCAACUCGUCGAUCUUUAGCAGAGUCUGGUCAGAUUCUGAUGUCCCAUGCAUUUGGUGAUGCUAUCAGUCCAUACAUCAUUGGCUUGAUUGCUGAUGCUUUAGCUUCGAGUCAUCCGGAUCCAAAUCGUCCCUUUGUACAGUUUCCAGCUAUGCAAACAUCUCUGUAUGUCACAACCUUCAUCUGUGUCCUUGGAGGUGGUGCCUACCUGGCAACUGCUCUUUUUGUAGAGCAGGACAAGAAAGAAGCUGACAAGUUGAUGCAUGGUGACAUGGAAGACACUACAAAUAGUAAUGCAAGCCUGUUUGAUGGUGCACAUGUCAAUACUGCUAUUGAAGAAGAAUUGCACAGCUGUGUGGCUUGA